AUGAGUCGUAUCAUGGAACUCCAUCUCUGUGGUUUCCAGUUUGAGCCAAGAGAUGAUCAGAUUGUCCACUUAUAUCUGCUCAACAAGCUCUGUGGAACCCCACUUCCAUGCCAAGGACUCAUUCAAGAUUGCGAUGUCUACGGCGAUCAAGAACCCUGGCAGAUUUGGGAUAAACUUGGCGGACCAACGUACAACAACGAUUUUCUUUACGUUUUCAGCCCUUUGAAGAGGAGGGCUGCCGGGGGCUCUACGUUCAAACGCAAUGUGGGAUCCAGCGGAGGGACUUGGCAUGGAGAGGACACGGGGAAGAAGUUUAAGGUACAAGGAAUUGGAUGGACUCAAAAGCGGUUUUCAUAUCGAAACAAGAAGAAUGAGUGUGAGAACGGGUGCUGGUUGAUGCAGGAAUAUUGUCUUGAUCAAUCUGAAGAGACUGUGGUGUGCCGGAUAAAAAAGAACCACAAGAAAAGAAAGGACGAAGAUAGGGCCGAUGUGUUUGGAUCGAAGCGUGCGAGGAGUGAUGAACAAGUUAUUGGUGUACAAGCUGUUCCUGUUGCUGCUGCCGAAGAACAAAAGACUGCUGCUUCUAUGGAAGAUGUUGAAUUUGCAAAUUAUGUGACUGCACAGCUUCAAGAUGAUGAAGUUGUUUCUGUUCCUGCUGCUGAAGAACAAAGGAGUACUACUGCUUCUGAACAAGUUCCUGUUACUGCUGCUACUGAAGAAGAAAUUGAACAACUUGAAUUUGCAGAAUUCCUGGCUGAGCUUCAAGAUGAUGAAGUUGUUUCUGUUCCUGCUGCUGAAGAACAAGUGACUGCUUUUUGUAUGGAAGAAAUUGAACUUGCAAAUGACAUGGCUGCACAGCUUCAAGAUGAUGAAGACCUUGCAGAUUAUAUUAGAUAUCAGUUCUUGCAGAACCAUGAGGAUAGAUUUACAGUUUAA